CUGUCCGACACGUGUCAGUUCAACUAUACCCACAUAUCACACGCAUAUCCAUCAACACGGGCUGAGUUUGGCCACUGGGACGACAGCACACAAGCGCUUAUACUCAGCGCAUUCAGCUAUGGCUACGUAUUGACACAACUGCCCGCCGGUGUCGUAGUGGUCCGUUAUGGGGGCAAAUGGCUACUGGCCCUGAGCCUACUCAUCUCAGCCCUACUCUCCCUAUUAAGCACAAUGGCAGCCCGACUGGACUAUCGGCUAUUCAUUGUGACCCGCAUUGGUCUCGGGCUAUGCGAUGGUGUGAUCUAUCCGUCCGUUUACGCAAUGAUUGGCCAAUGGAUGCCUGAGUGGGAGAGAUGUCGGGGAACGGCUAUUAUAUUGUCCGGCGGUAGUGUCGGUACGAUUGUGGCCACGCAAUUGGCCGGUGUGUUGUGUGAGGGCCACUUGUGGGGCGGUUGGCCCGCCGUGUUCUACCUACAGGGUAUUGCCGGUUGCGUGUGGUUUGUGUUGUGGUCGGCGUUGGUGUUUGAGUCGCCCGAAGAGCACCCGUACAUUACAGUCGAUGAAUACGAGUAUAUUGUUGUGAACCAGAAUCCGGACAAUCAUAAGAGGCGUGUAAUGCCGUGGAAAGGUAUGCUCACAUCCAUACCAUUUUACGCGCUAACCAUCGCUCAUAUUUGCAAUGAUUGGACGAGUUAUACAAUGGAAGCACUUUUGCCUAUAUAUUUGGCUAAUGUAUUGAAAUUAAGUGUCAAGAGGACAGCACUCAUGUCGUCGCUAACAUACCUGUCCCAGACUGUGAUCGCAUGGAUUGCCGCUCACAUCAGCGAUAAUCUACGGGAAAGUAAUUUUGAUAUUAAUAUUAUUCGCAAAACUAAUCACGCAAUUGCUUAUUUGGGACCGGCAUUAUUCCUGUUGGGCGUAAUAUACGCCCGGUGUCAUACCACCGCGAUUAUAGCCAUGUUCAUUGUGGCCACGGGUCUCAAUGGGUGUCACUUUUCAUCGCUUAAGUCCACUCACGUAGAUAUGGCACCAGAUUUUGCGGGCACUCUGUAUGGGGUGACCAACUCUAUGGCUGGCGUUAGCGGACUUAUUGCCCCUCAGUUUGCAGCUUAUUUUCUUAACAACGGGGUUAAUAUUUGUUAA